UCUCUCUCUAUUUUAUUUUUGUAUUCAAAAUAGGAAGAAGUUGUAUGAACGAAGCAACCAACCGCGUAAUCCAUUUUGUUGAUUCCAAUUCCCACCAAUUUCUACCAUUUGAUUUCAUUAAGCAUCAAAAUUCACCUCAUCAAUAAUCCUUAUCAUAUUCACAUUCAGAAUAGUUCAUGCUGCUGCUAUAAAGCUUUAUAUGAUCGAUUUGGAAUUGGUGGAGGAAUUUCUGGCUUGAAAAAUAAAGUUUGAUUUUCUGGAAUCAAAUGGCCGCGGUGGCGGCUUGCAAGCGAUUAGGGAAAUUUGGGACAAAUUCUGGGAUUGCUUUAAAUGGAUUUGGAGGCUUUGGAAUUAGGGAUUCGAAAUUUUCCCCAUCCAUUUCGAGCUCUAUGCAUUUUUCUCAAUUUGUUAAAUCAAAUGGACAACGGUUGUUUCUCGUUGACACAUUAGCCCUUGUUAAGAGACUUGAGGGACAAGGAGUGCCCUUACAGCAAGCUGAGGCAAUAACUGCUGCCAUAACUGAGGUAUUGAAUGAUAGCCUGGAGAAUGUAUCUAAGUCAUUGGUAUCAAAAGAAGAAAUGCAGAGGACUGAGAUGCUACAAGAAGCCAACCUGUCCAAAUUCAAAGCAGAAGUGCAGAGCUCACAGGGACACCACUUUUCUUUGCUGCAACACGAAACUGAGAAACUUAGGAAUGAUAUAGAGAAGAUGCGUAAUGAAUUGAGGUAUGAGAUAGAUAAAGUCACGGCUGGACAGCGGUUGGAUUUGAACCUUGAAAGGGGGAGGAUAAGGGAGGAGCUAACCAAUCAGAAUGCUGAAACUAGCAACCUGACCAACAAACUUGAUAGAGAGAUACAUGCUUUAAGGGCUCAGCUGGAAGCAGCCAAAUAUGAUGUGAUAAAAUACUGCAUAGGAACCCUUGUCUCAAUAUCCGCUGUUGGCCUUGCCGUUCUUCGUAUCUUGAUGUAAACAAGAUGUAUUCAGAUUAACACUGACAGAAAGUUGUGGUGAAGAAAACUUUAGCAGCUAUUUGGAAGAUGUUGUAUGUUCUUCUGUAAGAGAAACAAUUGCAUUGCAGUGCUGGUGGAGCUGAAGUAGUUUCCAUUACACAUCAAAUGGGCUCUUUUUUUAAAGCCCAUAUUCUUUACAUAUUCAUUUUUUCAUUUACUUGUCCUUUUUCUUUUUUUAAUACACAGGACGCCAACUCAUUUACUUGCACAAUUUGUAUCUAACUAGAUAAUGAUCAUAACUAUUACACAUUGGAUUUGUUUGUACUUGUUUUCUUUUACUGCAUCAGUUGAUUUGAUUUUCUGA